AUGUCUUUUCGAUUUUCUAGCGGAUCCAGGCGGACCUGCUCACGAGCUGGUUCUGUCGGGCUUUCUGGUGGAGAGACAAGCUUUGUGGCUGGGAAUGUGUGUGUUGGGUCCUUGGGAGCAGGAAGCAGCUUUUCUUGUACUCUUGGGGGUGUUUCUUCUGGAGGAAGCUUCUGCAAUGGUGGUGGAGGGUCUGGAAGCAGCAUCAGCACUGGUUUUCUUGGAAAUGAAUGCAGCCUUCUCUCUGGGAAUGAGAAAGUGACCAUGCAGAACCUCAAUGACCGCCUAGCCUCUUACCUGGACCAUGUGCACGCUCUGGAGCAGGCAAAUGCAGACCUAGAGCAGAAGAUUGAGAGCUGGUAUGAGAAGUAUGGGCCUGGCUGUGGUCGGGGACUCGAUCAUGACUACAGCAGAUAUUUCUCAGUCAUUGAGGACCUAAAAAGACAGAUUAUUUCUGUGACCACAUGUAAUGCCAGCAUCGUUCUGCAAAAUGACAAUGCCAGACUGACAGCUGAUGACUUCAGGUUGAAGUAUGAAAAUGAGCUUGCCCUGCACCAGAGUGUUGAGGCGGACACCAACAGUCUCCGCAGAGUGUUGGAGGAGCUGGCCCUCUGCACGACGGACCUGGAGAUUCAGUGUGAGACCCUGAGUGAGGAACUGACAUACCUCCAAAAAACUCAUGAGGAGGAAAUGAAAAUCCUGCAAUGUGCAUCAGGAGGCAACGUGAAUGUGGAGGUGAACGCAGCCCCAGGAGUGGACCUAACUGUUAUGCUGAACAACAUGAGGGCUGAGUAUGAGGAACUGACUGAACAAAAUCGUAAAGACGUUGAGGCCUGGUUUAAUGAGAAGAGUGCAUCAUUGCAACAACAGAUUUCAGAUGAUGCAGGAGCAGCCACAGCAGCCAGAAAUGAGCUGACAGAACUGAAACGCAAUCUACAAACCCUGGAAAUAGAACUUCAGUCCCUUACAGCAGUGAAACAUUCCUACGAAUGCUCCCUGGCUGAGACCGAAGGAAACUACUGCAUUCGACUCCAGCAGAUCCAGGAUCAGAUUGGAGCAAUGGAGGAGCAGCUACAGCAGAUUCGAACAGAAAUGGAAGGCCAGAAGCUGGAGUAUGAACGGCUUCUUGAUCUCAAAAUAUUUCUGGAAAAAGAAAUUGAAACAUAUUGCAACUUACUAGAUGGAGAAGAGAGGAGAAGCACACCCACGUGUUACAAACCCAAAGGAUGCAGGCCUAUAAAUCCUGGGAAUCAAACGAAAGAUUCAACAGAAGAAAUGUUUGUCAAAACAGUGGUUGAAGAACUAGAUCAACUUGGCAAUGUCCUUUCGCUGAGAGUCCACUCGGUAGAGGAAAAAUCUUCUAAGAUAAGCAACAUUACAAUGGAGCAAAGGGUACCUUCUAAAGCAUCAUAA